CACGAAUUUGAACCUCCCUCCCGGUAAAACCUUUCAUGACAAUUGUUUAUACUUCGAUAAAUUUCAACAAUACUCUUAUUUUUAUUUUUAUUUUUUGAAUUCCCUACAAGUAAAAAUUUACUCGUACUCCGUGUGAGAUUACUGGAAGAUUGCUCUUGUGGAAAAGUCUGUUUGCACUUUUAUACGGGGAAGCCGGGAAACCUGUCAGCUUCGAUCUAUAAGCUGGGCACUCAAGAUGUCAAAUCUUUUCAGGUUUUCCGGAUUCCCCAGUUUCAAGAAUCUAAAUCCGUUGUGGAAGCAGAGUUGAAGCCAUGGGUUCAAGGCUGUUCUUGGUUUUAGUGUUGGGGUGCUUGUUUUUCCAGUUCCUGCCUGAGUAUUGUAUGGGCAGCAUUCAGAACAAAGGCAGGUUGAAACUAGGGUUCAAAGGGUCUCAGAUGACUUGGAUAGACCAAGAUGGAAUGAUUCUUGUAUCGGACAAUUCGGGUUUCGCAUUCGGGUUCCACCCCACGCAAGAUGUCACUUUGUUUCUGCUAGUUGUGAUGCAUCUGAGCAGCCAAACUGUGGUUUGGUCUGCCAAUAGAGCUUCUCCGGUGAGAAAUUCUGAUCACUUUUUCUUUGAUGAAGCAGGGAAUGCUUAUUUGGGCAGUGGGGGGUCUGUAAUUUGGGAGACAGGUACCGCGGGCAAAGGGGUUUCUUCAAUGGAACUGAGAGACUCCGGGAAUCUGGUUUUGCUCAGUAAUGAUAGUAGAAGCAUUGUUUGGCAGAGUUUCAGCCACCCGGUCGACACUCUUUUGUCGAACCAAGAGUUUCUUGAAGGUAUGAAGCUUGUGAGUAGUCAAAACCCCAACAAUUUGAGUUAUUCCCUUGAAAUCAAGUCUGGUGACGUGUUUCUCUCUGCCGGUUUCAGAUCUCCUCAGAGAUAUUGGGCCAUGUCGAAUGAAAACAGGAAAACCAUAAACAAGGUUGGAGAAGAUGUUGUUUCAGCCGUUCUUGAUUCCAAUUCUUGGAAAAUGUAUGGUAAAAGCAAAGAUCUAAUCUUGGAGUUCAUCUUCUCAGACAAAACAGAUCCAAAUGUGACAUGGGCUGCGGUCUUAGGAGACGACGGGGUUUUGACAUUCAGUUUCCUGGAAAGUGGGAGUUCACCUGUCACUUCCCCAACAAGAAUUCCACAGGAUGAAUGUGGCAGCCCGGCAGCUUGUGAUCCGUAUUUCGUCUGUUACAAAGGGAAACGGUGUCAGUGCCCUUCGUCACUCCCAUCUUGCAAACCCAUGGCUGAUUCUCUUUGUGAUGAGCCAAAAUCUAUGGAGCUCGUGGACGCUGGGGAUAAUGUCAGUUACUUUGCACUUGGAUUUACUUCUCCUUCCCUAACAACUGAUUUGAACGGCUGCAAAGCCUCCUGCCUCAAGAACUGUUCAUGUGUCGCGAUCUUCUUCGACAAUAGUUCGGAUCACUGUUUCUUGUUUGAUCAGAUUGGAAGCUUGCAGGGAUCUGUUAAGGGUCCUUUGUUUAGAGCCUUUGUCAAAGUCUCGACUGGUCGUGGAACUUCUGGAAAUGGUGGGAACGGAAAGAAGCACGUGCCCGUUGUCAUUGCCAUUGUCAUUCUCAUUCUCACAGUGAUUGUAAUUCUCAGUCUAGUUUACGGAGGGUUGCGUUAUCACAGAAGGCAAAUGACUAAAAUGCCCCUGUCUCCUCACAAAGAGGGUUCGGAAGAGGAGGAUUUCUUGGAGGGCUUAUCGGGCAUGCCUAUUCGUUUUACCUACAAGGACCUUCAAAACGCUACGGACGACUUCAAGGUGAAACUGGGACAAGGGGGUUUUGGUUCAGUUUACAAAGGUGUCCUCCGCGACGGGACUCCAGUGGCAGUGAAAAAGUUGGAAGGCAUUGGGCAAGGGAAGAAGGAGUUCCGAGCCGAAGUCAGCACAAUAGGGAGCAUCCACCAUCUCCACCUCGUGAAGCUUCGCGGUUUCUGCGCAGAAGGGGCCCACAGGCUUCUUGCCUACGAAUACAUGGCAAAUGGGUCCUUGGAGAGAUGGCUUUUCCGCGACAACAAAGAGUUCAUGCUGGACUGGGACACAAGAUUCAGCAUCGCUCUGGGCACGGCUAAGGGUCUAGCUUACCUCCACCAGGACUGCGACGCAAAGAUCGUGCACUGCGACAUUAAGCCUGAAAACGUGCUGCUUGAUGAACAUUUCCACGCCAAAGUUUCCGAUUUUGGCCUUGCCAAGCUCAUGACGAGAGAGCAAAGCCACGUGUUCACCACGCUGAGGGGAACCAGGGGGUAUCUCGCGCCGGAGUGGAUCACAAACUAUGCCAUAUCAGAGAAGAGCGACGUCUACAGCUAUGGGAUGGUUCUGCUUGAGAUCAUAGGGGGUAGGAAAAACUACGACCCCUCGCAGAGUUCGGAGAAGUCCCAUUUCCCCACGUACGCUUUCAAGAUGAUGGAAGAGGGGAAGAUUGAUGAUGUCAUCGACGCGAGGCUCAAAAUUGGCGGGAGUGAUGAUGAGAGGGUUGCGACAGCGAUCAAUGUUGCCCUGUGGUGCAUACAGGACGACAUGUCCGUGAGGCCUUCCAUGGCAAAGGUUGUCCAAAUGCUCGAAGGGGUCUGCCCCGUCGCGGGCCCACCUGCAUUUUCUCCAUUCGGGAACCGGCUGUUUUCAAACGCUUUCAAGUCUUUUAGCGACGGGCCCACUUCGUCUGAAUACAACAGCGAUCUUUCGGCUGUUCGGCUCUCGGGGCCGAGGUAGCCUUACGGUGUGGGACCCGCCCCUUCGCGCCCCGGGGUGCCAUUUCAAACUGUAAAUUACUACUCAUUAGAUGUUUGUAAAUUUAAGCAUGCUAGGGGUUCACCAAAAGUGUAUUCCAAGUUGUACCCCAAAGAAAUGCACCCACAUUUUAACAGUUCAUACUGACAGAAAAUGUUGGUUCAAUUGUAAAUCGUCACAUUAACAUCACACUAACACAAAAUGUCGAUGCAUGCUUUUGGAGUACAAAAUGGGGUACAAAUUUUGGUGUACAAAUAGCUUAAUUGUUUUUUUUGUUGAUGGCAUGGAGUAAGAAGGCUUCUUGGUGCCUAAUUGGAUUCUUGUUGCUAACUGGUAAUAAGAGAUGGGCAUGUAC